CGUCUCUCUUUGACCCAAAGCGGCUUCCGGCACACCGCCGGAAGUGGCGGCGCGCCGCUCCCCGCAAUCGGGAGCGCCAUGGAGACGUGGGUGCGCUUCAGCGCGCAGAGCCAGGCCAAGGAGCGGCUCUUCAGGGCCGCGCAGUACGCGUGCACGUUGGCCGGGGACGCGCUGCGGAGGAACGGGGCGAGCCCCGCACUGCUGAGCAGCGUGAGGCGGCUGGAAGCGCACCUCAGCCUGGGCCGGAAGCUGCUGCGUCUCGGCAGCUCGGCCGACGCUCUGGAGGCGGCGAAGAGAGCGAUCCACCUGUCCGACAUGGUGCUGCGCUUCUGCCUCACCCUCAGCCACCUCAACAGGGCCAUGUACUUUGCCUGCGACAACGUCCUGUGGGCGGGGAAGGCGGGGCUGGUGCCCGGCGUGGACCAGGAGAAGUGGGGGCAGAGAUCCUUCAGGUAUUUCCUCUUCGCCCUCAUCGUGAACCUGAGUCGCGACGCCUACGAGAUCCGGCUGCUGAUGGAGCGCGAGGCGAGCGGGAAGCGCGGCAGGGCGGCCGACGGCGGGCGGGGCGGCGCGGGGCCGCCGGGGCCGAGGCUGCAGGCGCAGCUGCGGCUCCUGCUGCGCGUCCUGCGGGGGAACCCGCCGCUGCUGCUGGACCUGGUGAAGAACGCCUGCGACCUCUUCAUCCCGCUGGACAAGCUGGGGCUCUACCGGAGCGGCCCGGCCUUCGUGGGGCUGUGCGGCCUCGCCUCCUCCGUGCUCUCCAUCCUCACCAUCCUCCAUCCUUGGCUCAAACUGAAGCCGUAAAGCCGCCGGACGGAAAUUCGCGGCUGCGCCGGGGCGGCCUCGGCGGAGCCCUUCGGACGCUUCGAGUUCGUUGCAAGGACGGCGGAGCUGCGUUCGGCGGGCCGCGGGUCCGGCGCCGCUCCCCGCUUCCAAGGGGCAGAGGGGGCUGCGGGGCCCGGCGGGGCGGAGCGGUGCCGGAGCUCUUGGAGCGGCUGCGCGCUGCUGGGCUCGGUUUCGGCCCGCGUUUCCGCUGUGAGCUCCGCGCCGGGGGGGCAGAACGCGGGGCGGAACGGCGCGGCGCCGCCAUGGAACCGCGGUGCGGCUCCAGCACGGCUGGG